UCGAGGGGCCUUGUUAUACAUUUCAAAAUCCUCAUGUGUUGAAAUCUUCGUGGUACCCAACCCAUUCUACUACCUCUAAAUUCAAAUUCUAGCACAUUAAUAUGGUUCUAAUUGUUAAUUCUCACUAUCAAUCGGUCCAUAAUGCAGCUACCUGUCCAUGAUGACCUCGCGAUCUAUGAUAACCCACAGUCCAAUGUUGAUUAUUUGUCACAUGAAUGGAAAUACGAAGAACUCUGGCCAACAAGACGGCAUAUUAGAAAAGCCAAUUUAGAUUGGGCUUACUAUUGCCGAUUGGAGAAUGCGCUCUGCAGAGCGUGGAUGAAAGGGAGGGAUUCCCGACAAGCCUUUCCAGCCACUGGUAUUGAAUGGGACAAAGAUAGUGAUAUCACAUGGUUAUACGGGCCUGUUAAGAUUUCAGAUCAACCGUUCGGAGAAUCCACAAUACUGUCAGCCUUUCAGCCACAUAGAAGGCCACAAAGAUCUGUUCUAAAGAGAAAGCCCGAUCUAUGGCAAGAGCAUCGCACCGCUCAAGUUACCAACGCAUGUAGCACGAAUGAAAAGUACUAUUCUACAGCUACAAAUUCAGAAUCUUGGGUAUAUUUAUGACUUUAUACUUUCAGUAACAGGUUUCUGACUCAAGUCCUACUUAGGGUGUGAUGAAAAAUCGUUCCUUCGUGCAUUUCAACGAAAUAGCCCCACAGAGUCAGUGUCUUCCUCCUUCUAAUGAAUACGCA